AUGCUCCUUAGCCACGACGAUGGCUGCCUACGAGAUCGGGGAAUGAAAGUCACAGUUGUCUUGAACCAUUUCGGACCCAAUUGUAACCAACGUAUUCCUAGGGUUAGAUAUGGAUAUGCACACGUAGUCAACAACUUGUACCAAGGGUGGACUCAAUAUGCGAUUGGUGGAAGCAUGAACCCCAGUAUCAAGAGUGAAUCUAAUUACUUCAUUGCUCCUCAAUUAGGGAAGAAAGAGGUAACUUGGAGAAAAUGUGUUGACCACAAUAGCAAGCCAUGGACUUUCUACUCCGUAAAUGAUUACUUCGAGAAUGGAACUUGUUUCGAGGAAAUAGGAAAAGAUGAAGUCAAACCUAAUUACGACGAUGAACAAAGUUCCCAAUUGCCGAGGCCAAAACCGUUAAAACUUAACAUCCUUAGCUGGAGCUCUAAAGUGCUCUAGAACCUUGACGUGUUGAAAAGUUUGGGUACCU